AGAGAGAGAGAGAGGGAGAGAGAGAGAGAUGGCGAGCAACAAUGGAGGGAAGGAAGAGAGAAGAAGAAGGAUUGCAGAGAGAGGUUCAGAUCGAAUGGCCCUAAUAACGGGAAAGAUCAAUGCACUUCCACCGACGCCACCCUCUGCGGUGUCAUCACCAACCUAUCGCCAAAUGCCACGCCAUGGACAAUCCUUAUCCGUUGAUGCCAAUUCAGAUACUACUAAUCAUCUUCCCCCUCGCCAUUUGCGCCCUCAGUCUUUGUCCUCUGCUUUCACCGUUCCGUACCAGCAAUAUCCCUCCGAAGAUAGACCUGAUGCUCCUGCUCCUUUCGCAAGGCUAAAACAUCAGGGUGGAUUUAGGUAUGCAAGCUUGGAACAUUUGGACAUCAAAAGUGACGAGGAACCUCUAAUACAGGAUUCUGAGACUGUUUCAGAAGUCAACAAUCAAGUGUCUGAGGGUGAUGAUGCCAAAACAAAAUCACCUCCAGCCAUGGUAAGAGCUGAUGAUGCCAAAGCAAAACCACCUCCAGCCAUGAUAAGAACUAAAAGUGAAGUACAUGAGACACAUCAGCUAGAGAAACCUUCCAGGCACAAGGCUACUUUUUUCUCCUCAAGAGAGCUGAAUUCCUGCAUUAUAGCUUCUGAGACCACACGUGCACUCAGUUCUCUGAUAAUAGCAUUGCUAGUAGUUUUUUAUUACAUGAUUUCAGAGAAUGUUUUAGCCUCAAGGCCUCUUUACAUAGUCUUGUUAACUGAUAUUACGAUUGUGCUUACUCGCCUAUAUCGUGGAAAGGCAAGUCUCUUGGAAGAAACUGAAAGAGAAAGAGUUGAAGCACAUGGAGAUAAGCAAAGUUGGGGAGAUGCAGUAAAGCUCUUGGAGAGGGGUUUGGUUGUCUACCAGGCCAUUAGAGGUGCUUUUAUAGAUUGCAGUAUUUAUCUGGUGGUUGUCGUAUGUGGCACCUCCUUGAUGUAGCUCUUGCUGCUUCAGUACUUGCUGCUCCCAAAUAAUUUUGUUGUAACCAUUAUAGAGAAUGUGUUUUAAUUUGAAUUCAGAGUUGGGUCAGAACUAUUACAGAGAAUAUGUUUUUCUAUCAAAUUAUUUGCUGAAACAAUUUUAUAUAUAUUCUGACGUUUACCAUCUAAUAUAUUUGAUACAUUU